AUGCGUUUUGUCACUUCCUGCGCUGUACUACUUGCCGUUGCCCACCCUAGAGCUUUGGUCGAAGGGAAACCCAUCGUUAUUAACGUCCCGAAGACUGCUUCUGACGACGCCGCUCUACUAGACCCAUCACCUAUAUCGUUCUCGCUGCCUUUCGCUGGACUACCGGGUUACUUCCCUGGUAUACCUCUAACUCUGAAAUGUCUUCGCACUUUCAAGGAUGCGACCAGCCAAUGGCCCCCUGAACUUCUGAGUGAAUACAGUUUUAUACUUACUUGGCUGAUGGCUACUGAUUACUUAUCCAGGGACUAUUCCACCUUUGACCCUAACCUGACUGUUCCUAAUGUGAUUACGGGAACUGCGCCAACAGGCCAAGGCAUCAGCACCUAUGGACCUUUACUUAUGCAACUUGUUGCAGAUUAUCAAGGACCAAUUGUUUGGGGUCUCAAUCGAGGUGGCAACAACAUCACCAACACCAUCGCAGCUGCCAAGGCAGCUAUCAAGAAAUUGCCAUCCUUGUAUGCGCUAGAGCUUGGGAAUGAACCUGUAAUUUUCGGCGCUACCAAACAGCCAAUUGCUUCGACUGGAGACGAAUGGACGCCGCAAGCAGACGCAGAGUCUGAAUCGGAAUGGCAAACGGCCAUUGGCCAUGCAAUCAACCGCAAUCAUAUCUUUCAAGCUGCAAGCUACUACCAGAAGACUACCCAGGGAUGGUCGGCGGCCAACUAUUUCAAAUACGCUAAUGUUUCCGCCGAUAAGUAUAUCAGGGUCUUCUCUCAUCACAACUAUCCACAAUCUGCUGUUUCCGACAAGGAGGAUCCGCCAAAUGUUGAGGCGCUGAUGAGCCACAUCAAUGUCACCAAGAAUGUCGGUCUUUACAAGGACGACGUCAAAGCAGCUCGAGCCAGGGGGUUUGAUUACGUUUUCGGCGAGACCAACUCUGUCUCUGGUAAUGGAAGCCCUGGACAAGGUGAAACGUUUGCAACAGGUCUUUGGGCGCUUGACUAUGCUCUCCAGGCCGCUAGUGUUGGCAUCAAGCGUCUCUACUUCCACCAAGGCACCGCUGGCAAGUCUUACUACGUUUGGUUCAACGAAAAAGGUGUCCUGUCACCUCUCUAUGGCGGCUACGUCGCCGCUCAGGCCAUGGCUGGUGGAUCUCGAAUCAAAUCGCUCGACGAUGGAAGCACAAACUACGCCGGGUACUCUAUCUACGGUGCCGAUGCCAAGGUCAAGAAAGUCGUCUUGAUCAAUACCGACUUUUUCGAUGGGAACGGGACGCGCUCAGCCCAAGAGUUCGUGCUUGAGGGUUUGGCAGGCAAACAGGUGAGCGCUCUGCGUCUGACGGCAAAGAGCUCUCUUUCUCGACAGGAUGACGGAGAAGCGCCCACAUUUGGUACAGUCUCGGUCGAUGAUAAUACUUGCCAACCUUCGGGAAAGUUUGUGGUCGAGAAGGUAGUUAUCAAGGGAGGCAGUGCGUCAUUCCGCUUGGCCGCGUCAGAGGCUCUGUUGAUUACCCUGUAA